AUGGCCACACACCUCCACCGCCUGCUGCUGCUCUUCCUCCCUUCGCUCCUACUCUUUCGCCGCGGCACGCUGCCGCCGCCGCCGCCCAGUCCCAGCGCUGCCGUGUACCCUGUCGUGCUGGUGCCGGGAAACACCUGCAGCCAGCUCGAGGCGCGCCUCACGGACGCGUACGAGCCGCCCCCGGAGUCGCCGCAAUGCGGCGCGGGCAGCAACGAGCGGGGCCGGUGGUUCCGGCUGUGGAGGAACGCCACGGCCAUGGACGACCCCGCCGUCGCGCCGUGCCUCUCCGACCAGCUCCGCGUCGUCUACGACCCCGCCGCCCGCGACUUCCGCAACGUGCCCGGCGUGGAGACCCGCGUCCUCGGCUUCGGCUCCACCGCCGGAUUCCUCGCCGACACCGAAGCCAACAAUCGCGAACACGCACGUGCUGACCAGCCAGACCUGUACCUAUAUGGCCCGGCCAUACACAGAGACCUGUGCAUGAGGAGGCUCGUCGAGGCGCUGCAGCAGGCGGGGUACCGCGACGGCGAGACGCUGUUCGGCGCGCCGUACGACUUCCGUCAGGCUCCCGCCGCGCGGGGGCAGCCGUGCCGUGCCUUCGGGCGGUUCACCCGGCGGCUGAGGGCGCUCGUGGAGCGCGCGAGCAGGGAGAACGGGGAGAAGCCCGUCGUCCUCGUGUCGCACAGCCAGGGGGGCUACUUCGCGCUGGAGUUCCUGAACCGGAGCCCGCUGUCGUGGCGCCGGAAGUACGUCAAGCACUACGUCAUGGCGUCCACGGGCCCCGGCGGGCUCCUGCUCCCCCUGCGGAACCUCGCUUCCACGCCCGGCGAAGCGGUGGAAGCCCCCGAUGCGUUGGUGGCUCUGCCGUCGCCGGUGGUGUUCGGCGCCGGCACGCCGCCGCUGGUCGUCACGCGGGACAGGAACUACACGGCGAGCGACAUGUCGGAGUUUUUGACGGCGAUCGGGGUGCCCCCGCUCGGGGUGACGCUGUACGAGACGCGGGCGCUCCCGGUGCAGCUCGGCUUCCGGGCGCCGCUGGUGCCGACGACCUGCGUCAACGGCGUCGGCCUGUCCACGAUGAAGCAGCUGGUGUACUGGGACGGCAACUUCAGCGAGACGCCGGAGGUGGUGUACGGCGACGGCGACGGCUUGUUACCCUUGGCGAGCAUACUGGCGCUCGACACGGUGAUCGGCAGUGACCCGAGGCAGGAGUACUACAAGUCUAUCAAGCUUGCCGACACGUCUCACGCCGGCGUUGUCUCAGAUGCUGCGGCCUUGAAGCGUGUCGUUGAUGAGAUUCUUUGGAGCACUCCGAUGUGA